AAACUGUAUCCCGCGGCAUGAUACUGGCGCUCCGCGGAGGGUGCGACGGCCCAGCGACUCCCUGACGCCAGCGCGAGGAGACCAGAGACAGGCAGCUGUAUAGUAUGGGAGGGUUGAGAGCGAGCUUGAUAGCUGUUUAUAAGGUGUCCUGUUCAGAAGUUCUGUCCUGAAGCUUUGAAGACCAAGGACUACCCAGCCAUCUCAGUGGCACCUAAAAAAAUACAACAGCAGCUUCUAACAUCCAACUUUUUCCCUCACCAAGUGGACUAUCUCUCCAUUGUAAAACCCAACCCCGCACACUCACGUGUAGCGUCCCGACAACGCAACGGUCGCAAGAGGCGACAGACACGAACGUCACCAUGAACGUCACUUCCCUGUUCUCCUUCACCAGCCCGGCCGUCAAGCGCCUCCUCGGCUGGAAACAAGGAGACGAAGAGGAAAAAUGGGCGGAGAAAGCCGUGGAUGCGCUGGUGAAGAAACUGAAGAAGAAGAAGGGAGCAAUGGAGGAGUUGGAGAGGGCUCUGAGCUGCCCAGGUCAGCCCAGUAACUGUGUCACCAUCCCUCGCUCUCUGGAUGGAAGACUCCAGGUGUCCCACAGGAAGGGCUUACCCCAUGUUAUCUACUGUAGGGUGUGGAGGUGGCCUGACCUGCAGUCUCAUCAUGAGCUCAAGGCUCUGGAGUGCUGUGAGUACCCGUUUGGCUCCAAGCAGAAGGAUGUCUGCAUCAACCCGUACCACUACAAGAGAGUGGAUAGUCCAGUGCUGCCCCCGGUGUUGGUCCCGCGGAAUAGCGAGUUCAAUGCCAAACACAGCAUGCUACCACGCUUCCGCAACCCUCUGCACCAGAACGAGCCCCACAUGCCCCAGAACGCCACCUUCCCAGAGUCCUUCUCCCAGGCGAACAUCCAGAUGAACUUCCCCCAGACACAGACACACUCCCCUGGGGGGAACAGCUACCCCGGCUCCCCUGGUAGUGGCAGCAGUGCAACCUUCCCCCACUCCCCCACCAGCUCUGACCCAGGCAGCCCAUUUCAGAUGCCAGGUGAGCCGCCAGGUCAGAUGCCAGGUACAAUUCACUAAUAACUUUUAUAACGACCCCCUCCAGCCUAUUUGCCCCCAGAGGAGCGGAUGACUCAGGACUGCCCUCAGCCCAUGGACACCAACCUGAUGGUCCCCGCGUUGCCCCUGGAGAUCAGCAACAGGCCAGAUGUUCAGCCGGUGGCCUACGAGGAACCUAAACACUGGUGCUCUAUAGUGUACUACGAGUUGAACAACCGGGUGGGCGAGGCGUUCCAGGCCAACUCUACCAGCGUCCUGGUCGACGGCUUCACCGACCCGUCCAACAACCGCAACCGUUUCUGCCUGGGCCUCCUCUCCAACGUCAACCGCAACUCAACCAUAGAGAACACCCGGCGACACAUUGGCAAAGGAGUCCACCUGUACUAUGUGGGUGGUGAAGUGUAUGCUGAAUGUCUGAGUGACAGCAGCAUCUUCGUCCAGAGUCGGAACUGUAACUACCACCAUGGCUUCCACCCCACCACCGUCUGUAAGAUCCCCAGCGGCUGCAGCCUCAAGAUCUUUAACAACCAGGAGUUUGCUGAGCUGCUGGCCCAGUCCGUCAACCACGGGUUUGAGGCUGUCUACGAGCUGACCAAGAUGUGCACCAUCCGCAUGAGCUUCGUCAAGGGCUGGGGUGCAGAGUACCACCGCCAGGACGUGACCAGCACCCCCUGCUGGAUUGAGAUCCACCUGCACGGUCCUCUGCAGUGGCUGGACAAGGUGCUAACCCAGAUGGGCUCCCCCCACAACCCCAUCUCCUCUGUGUCCUAGACGAAACUGUCCCCAGGCCCCAGGGCUGUCCAAACCCAGCAUUUAGGUUCCAGUGGGAUGGGUGGGUUUCAGGUUGGGGGUCAAUUCUAAUUGAAAUCAGUCAAUUCAGGAAGUAAACUGGAAUUUUAAGAGAAUCUAAAUAAAAAUAGGAAAUUCAGUUUAUUUACUGUAUUGACAUGGAAUUGACCCCAACCCUGGUGGGUUUGUACUUGAGGGAUUAUGUCUGAAAUUGGGCACAUUGCAGACUGGGAUGUGUGGGGGUGUGAGAUAGAAGCAUCUGGAAGAUACUUGAUCUUUGUGACCAACUGUAAUAAUUAUCAAUCAGACUCUAAUCAUUAUAAACAAAUCAUCAAUUCAUCAUUACGCAAAGUAUCCUCCUCAUAUGGGGCCCAUAUUCAGAAAGAGUCUGAACGAGGAUCAGUUUGGCCUUUUAGAUCAGAAUGAAUAAAUGUAUAUGGACUGGGGGGACCUGAACAUAGAUCAGCACUCUAAUACGUGAAUAUGGGUCCCUGAUCUUGUUCUGGCAGUUUUCCCUUCCCCUGUUUUUUGGGUUAACAUUGGAAACCCAUAAAGCCAGUUUCAUGUGUUGCUACAACGAUAAUAAAUGUGUACAGAAUUGGAAGACAACCAAUAUUGAUGAAAAAAUGGAAAUAUUAUGUUUCUUAUGAACAUAUUUAGAACGUAGGAAGAUACUGAGGUCAGUAAAUACAAAUGUCUCCCCCAGAACCCUAAAAAUUUUAGUUUUUUAAGGUUUUGGCAAAUAAAAUUUAAAAAAGAGUUGAAGAAAAAGACCCCUACAUAAAAUCCCUUUAGAUUAUUUACAAACCCUGUCAUGAGGAGAAAUCAGGAGAGGGCGUCCGUGGGAGCGGGGCGGGAGAGUGAGGUGGGCAUUGUGGGAUUGUGCUCACAGGACAUAAGAUAAAAAAAAAAUGUAUAUAAAUAAAUAUUUCUCUUGUGUUACACCCGUGUUACAACUGAAUUAAACUAUUUUAAUCGUGUUUUAGGCAUACUCAACAUUAGAUCAAAGUGCUGUGCAGUCGGUUUUGCAAACGCGUAGUUUGGUUUAGUGUAGCAAAUCACCGUUUGGCUUGUUUAGGUAGUGACUGAAGAAUGACACUAAACAGAGACAGAGAUGGGCACAAGCGUAUGAUAGUUCAGUUUGACCCUAGCUGUGCAUGGUACAGCAAAAAAAAGAAAAUAAUCAAUUGUAGAGUCACAUAGAGCCCCACAGUGGAGGUGUCAUAAUACCCAUAAAACCUAGUGGUCAAACAGGGAAAUGGUUCCAAUCAUUUUUCCCAUAGGGGAUUUUAGAAACACUUAAAAUAAGGGCUGUGUUUUGAAGCUAACCCUGGCCUGACGUUUUUGAUAACCAUGUAAAUGUCUCUUGGACAAGGUGACUUUUAUCAGUAUAUUAUGCUAUUUACUCUUAGAUUUACAAAUCCCUUCAAGCUCCUGCACGUCAUCGCUAGCUGAUACCUUUGCUAACAGGUAUUGUCAAUUUGGAACUUGCACAAGAAAGUUUACAGAAUUGUUCAUUUAAAGAAAUAUAACCAAUUUAUUCAUUACUGCAUUUAGCUAACAUUAGAUAGUUAAUCCAGAGAUUCCAUUCGGCAGGCUCGUCCAGAUCAUCACGGCAUUUGUAGUUCUUUAUGAUAGCCACAUUAGCAGCUAAUUAGCGCUUCAUUUUUUGGGGGCGAAUAUAUUACUAAAAGUCACCUUGUCCUAUAGAGAUUUCCACGGUUAUCAAAAUGUCACGCCAGGGUAAGCCUUCAUGAAAUACAGCCCUCAUUUGAAAUGUUUCUAAAGAAAUACAGCCCUCAUUUGAAAUGUUUCUAAAAUCCCUUAUGGGAAAAUGAAUGGUGGAAAAACGAUUGGAACCAUUUCUCUGUUUGACCGCUAGGGUUUAUGGAUAUUAUGACACGUGUGGUAAUCUAUUGAGGAUAUAUCUCUACUGUUACAUUCUCUAAAGGCAUCAACUCAGCAACAUUUACAAAAAGACAGUUAAUAAAACAAUGGCAUCCUUCAGAACUUGUUGACCGAAAAAAAUAAUAGUUUCACUGGUGAGUAAAUUACUGAUGGACCUAAUACAUGAUUUGUAUGACUGUUUUUUGUCUUUCAAUUAUUUUAGGCUUAGAAAACCCCAUCCGCUAUUACAAGUUGUAAUGAUUUUUGUAUUUUUUUGAAUAUGUUUUCUUGUUGUUUCUUGUUAUCUGCACUUUCACAGAUUGUUGCCUCUUCUCUUAGUUUUUUUGUUUCGUUUUUUCUUUGCGCUGUUUUUGCUGAGUAGUACUCCCAGAAAGCAGUUUUAUUCCAUGAAUAUCAAGUCUCUACUGGAAGAUUCAAUAAAUAAAGUUGUUUCAUUA